AUGGCAUCUGCUCUCACCGUCCUCUUCCUCGGCUGCUGGCUGGCCGGGCGGAGCGGGGUGUCAGGAAAGGGGUCCCUCCCCAAACCCUCCAUCUCCGUCAGCCCCGGUGGGGUGAUCCCCUUGGGGGGAAACAUCACCAUCCGGUGCCGGCAUCAGCGCCUGGGCAUGAGGUUCCUCCUCUACAAGGAUGGAGCUGGGAACUAUCUGAAUUACACAGACCCUGCCGGCUCUGAGGCUAAAUUUCCCAUCACCAGCGCCAGACGGGAACACGGAGGCAGCUACACCUGUCAUUAUAGCAACAGAACAGACCCACCUGCCUACUCGGAGCCCAGCGACCCUGUGCAGAUUAUCGUAGCAGAGCCCAGCUACACCAAACCCAACAUCUCCCUGCGGAGCCGCAGCUGGGGGGUCUCCCUGGGGGGAUCCGUGGCCAUCUGGUGUCGGGGGCAGCACCGGGGCAUGCGGUUCGUGCUGAAUAAAGAGCGAUGCCGUUUCCAACCUGUGGAUUCGAACGAGUUGGAGGUUGUGUUUCCCAUCAGCAACGUGAGCCGGGAGGACGGCGGGAGCUACAGCUGCUUCUAUCACAACAGCUCGGAGCCGUUCAACGUGUCGUACCCGAGCGACCCCGUGGAGCUGGUGGUGAGAGAUCCCAGCUUACCCAGACCCAACAUCUCCCUGAGCCCCACUGGGGUCACCGCCUCAGGGGCAAACGUCACCAUCCGGUGUCAGGGGCAGCACCGGGACGUGAGGUUCUUCCUGCACAAGGCUGGAGACCUGAACCCGCAGCGACACAUGGACACUGCUGGGGCCGGGGCCGAGUUCCGCAUCCCCAGCGUGGGCCAGCAGCACAGAGGGAACUACAGCUGCAGCUACCAGAACCGAUCAGAAUCAGAGCCCUUCGUCUCCUCGCAGCCCAGCGACCCCGUGCAGCUGGUGGUAGCAGGGGGAUCAGAACUGAAGCUGAGCAUCCCCAUCAUCGCCGGGGUGAGCGCGGCAGCCGCCAGCCUCCUCCUCCUCGUGGCCUUCCUCUGCUGCAGACGAACCCGAGGAGGGAAAGGACCAGCCCCGAGACAGAGCAGGGAGUCCGAGCCUGCAACCACAGUCUACGCCCUCAUGGAUGAAGGGACGCAGAUGGAUGUCCUGCCCCAGGAGCCCGACCCCGGCGCCGAGGGACUCACCUACGCCGAGCUGGACCGCCAGGCACUUUAGGCCAAGCGGGGGGGCCCAGCCCCUGCCCCCGAGCCCGUCCUGUACGCCGCCAUCAAUGUCAGCUAGGAGCCCCACAGGCAGCGCCCCUGGGGUGCAGGGGAGCCCCCCACCCACCCGCAUAGCGUGAACCCAG